AUGGAUGAAAAAUCGAAUUCACUCUCCAGCAACAAGGAGGAGAAGGCGGAUGGAAAUAAUGUUUUUCAGAGGCAAGACUCGAUACAGAAAAAUAACACGGGGAGCCAGAACAAGGACCAUGGCAACUCAGUGGGCUUCAAAGGGGAGCGGGACGAGGCCAUGGUCGGUUUUGAUGAUCUGGAGGGGGCGUCCCGGCAAUCUGGUUUUAUGCAAAGGCAAUUUGGGGCCAUGAUGCAGCCCGGAGUCAAUAAGUUCUCCUUGCGUAUGUUCGGCAGUCAGAAAGCCGUGGAGAAAGAACAAGAGAGGGUCCAGACGGCCGGAUACUGGAUCAUUCAUCCAUAUAGCGAUUUUAGGUUCUACUGGGACUUGAUAAUGCUCAUCAUGAUGAUGGGGAAUCUAAUCAUCAUUCCUGUGGGAAUAACCUUCUUCUCAGAGCAGACUACCACCACCUGGCUGGUCUUCAAUGUGGCUUCGGACACCAUCUUCCUGGUGGACCUGGUCAUGAACUUCAGAACAGGGAUUGUCAAUGAGGAGAGCUCUGAGAUCAUCCUCGAUCCCAAGGUUAUAAAGAUGAAUUACCUGAAAAGCUGGUUCGUUGUGGACUUCCUCUCCUCCAUUCCGGUGGAUUAUAUCUUUUUAAUAGUGGAAAAAGGCUUUGACUCUGAAGUAUAUAAAACGGCCCGUGCCCUGAGAAUCGUUCGCUUCACCAAGAUCCUCAGUCUUCUGCGGCUGCUAAGAUUGUCCCGGCUCAUCAGAUACAUUCAUCAGUGGGAGGAGAUUUUCCAUAUGACCUAUGACCUGGCUAGUGCAGUGGUAAGAAUAUUUAAUUUGAUAGGGAUGAUGCUGCUUCUUUGUCACUGGGAUGGCUGUCUCCAGUAUCUGGUGCCUCUUCUUCAAGACUUCCCUCCUGACUGCUGGGUGUCCCUAAAUGGUAUGGUUAAUGUUUCCUGGGGUAAGCAGUACUCCUAUGCCCUCUUCAAAGCCAUGAGCCACAUGCUGUGUAUCGGGUAUGGCGCCCGGGCACCUGUCAGCAUGUCUGACCUGUGGAUCACCAUGCUGAGUAUGAUUGUAGGAGCCACGUGCUACGCCAUGUUUGUGGGCCAUGCUACCGCUCUAAUCCAGUCUUUGGACUCAUCGCGCAGGCAGUACCAGGAGAAGUAUAAACAAGUGGAGCAAUACAUGUCCUUCCACAAGCUUCCAGCAGACCUACGGCAGAAAAUUCACGACUACUAUGAACACCGUUACCAGGGCAAAAUCUUUGAUGAAGACAACAUCCUGAGUGAACUCAACGACCCACUCAAAGAGGAAAUUGUCAACUUUAACUGCCGGAAGCUGGUGGCCACCAUGCCUCUGUUCGCCAACGCGGACCCCAACUUCGUGACGGGGAUGCUGAGCAAAUUGAAGUUCGAGGUUUUUCAGCCCUACGACUACAUUAUCAGGGAAGGCACCGUCGGGAAGAAGAUGUACUUUAUUCAGCAUGGUGUCGCCAGUGUCAUCACCAAGUUCAACAAGGAGAUGAAGCUAACUGAUGGAUCCUAUUUUGGAGAAAUCUGUCUGCUCACCAAGGGUAGACGAACAGCAAGUGUGCGUGCAGACACAUACUGUCGACUCUUCUCCCUCUCCGUUGACCAUUUUAAUGAGGUGCUAGAAGAGUACCCCAUGAUGCGACGUGCUUUCGAAACAGUUGCCAUUGAUCGAUUGGACCGCAUCGGGAAGAAGAACUCCCUGCUGCUGCAGAAGUUCCAGAAGGAUCUGAACGCAGGCGUUUUCAACACACAGGAGAACGAGAUCUUGAAGCAGAUUAUCCGUCAGGACAGGGAAAUGGUGAUGAUGGUGGACCGCAAGCAGUCGGUCACCGGGAUGAACUCGACACCAAUGUCUGGAAACUCGAUCAUUAACUCACCAGCCCAGCCACCCUACUCCACUGCCUUUGGUACCACCCAGCUUCAGCAGUCCUCUGCAUCCAUGACCUACAGUGCUUCGGCUAUUGCCAAUGCCUCUGUCGCCCGCAUGCUGCCACCAGGUGCUGCUGCUGCAGUACAAGGGAUUUACCAAGCUCCUAGUGUUUCCCAUGGCAGCAUGAAUUCUUCCUUAGCCAACCCACAGACACCGUUGCAGCAGCCGGGAGCAGUCAUGUCACCAUGCUCCUUUACAGCUGCCAUGUGCAGCCCACCAGUGCAGACCCCUUUGGCUAGCAGGAGCUUCCAGUAUGGCUCACCCACAGCCUCCCAGCUGUCUCUAAUCCAGCAGCCGCUUGCCCAACCAGCUCUAUCCUCACAGCCACAGCUUGGUCCACAACCUGCUGCUGCAGGAUCACCUCAACAGCAGCAGCAGCAGGUCCCGUCACCUCAGCGGGGGGACAUCCACAAGAGCACACAGGCUCUUCAGUCCGGAAGCCUGAGUCGAGACAUCCGACACUUAUCGGCCUCCCAACCAUCACUGCCACAUGACACGUCUCUGGGGCCCAGAGCCCAUCCAGCCUCUGGAGACUCUCUGGCCUCCAUAGUGCCACCAACAGCGGCAGCCAUCCAGGGAAUAAAUCUACAAAGUGGCAUCCGCACUACGGUGCCCCAGCGGGUCAAUUUGUUCCGCCAGAUGUCUUCAGGAGCCUUGCCGCCUGUGCGUUCGGCUGCAGCGGCAGCAGCAGUGGCAGCAGCCUCAUCGUCCUCAGCCCAGCACAGGGAAUCCCCUGGAUCUAGGAGAGAUUCUGUCCUGAGCAGUACAGAGACUGAGCAAGACAAAAUGCGAUUUUCAUCAAAUUUAUGAUCUCAUAUUUCUCACCCAUCUCCUUUUUUUUUUAACUUAAACACAUUUUCAAUUAAUUUACCUUUUUGAAAUAGAACAAAAAAGGAAAAAAAUGAUGAAUUCCUGCAUUUUAUCUCUAUCCAAUUUUUUGCUCAACUAACCUCAUAGAUCUCCUGUAUAUAUAAUCCCUUGUAUUAUAUUUUAGACAAUUUUUUUCCCUGAACUUAAGAAUGUAUAGUAUAAUGAUACAUCUCUCUGUCUCUCUCUGUCUGUAUGAAUGAGUGUGUGUGUGGGCGUAUGUGUAUAUCAAUCAAAUUAAAACUACAAUAUUGACAAUGGCAAUUUAAAACUGUAGUAUAAACUCAAGUCUUCCUUUCUGAAAAAAAAAUGAAAAAUUUCAUUAUACGAAAAUUUAAUUUUAAUUCAUUUUCUUUCUGAUUUCUUCAACUGGAUGCAUUUUGAAUUUUUUUAAAUGUUUUUUUUUUUAACUGAAUGAACUGUCUUCUCCUAUCAAGCAGCUUUAGACACCACUGUGGAAAUAUAAAUGCAAGUAACUAUUACAGAAAAGGAAAAACAAAAUAAAAAGCACAUACUGAUGAAACAAUUCUCAUAUUAAUAAACUAAGGACAUUUCAGAAUCAGCAUAAAUACCAUAAACAAGUGUUACGCUGUUUUCAGUGAGAAAAGAGAGUCUUCGGAGCCACUAGAUCACCACAAAAGCUCACAUUUAAACCAUGAUAGUGUUAUGGGUCCAAAGGGAAUAGAUAAUGGAACUGCUGCUUUCUAUGUUUAUUUUUUAAAGGAAGGUGGAGUGUGGAGAUGGAUGCUGUUGUUUUCCAUAUUUUGAGUUUAGAUGACUGAGAUGUUAUGUAAUGUUGCUUAAAAGUUCUGUGUAUAUUUAUAUUUAUAAACUAAAGAUUAUCACCAUUAUGCAAUAGACUGUGACAUAAAGAUUACUUAUAUGUGUGCUGUAAAUAGUUUUGUAGAUCUAGACUUUGCAGAUACUGUGUUGUGCAUUCUCUAUCAUAACAAUGUCUUACUUUUAUCAGGAACCUGGAUAUCAUCUAUAUUGCGGCAGAAAUUAGGGGACAAAAAAUGUAUGUUUUAUAGGAGAUGAACCUUAAUGCAAUAGCUAGCACUACUUGAUGCUAAAACAUACCUGAUUGAAAGCCAUUCAUAGCCAUUUCUAAACAAGGUUUUCGCGAUAUUCAGUUUUUCCGUUUAAGCUUAUCACUUGUGGACAAGAUCAUUCUGUUAAAUGUAAACACUUCUUCUUUUGCCUCAUGUCCCAAAGCUGCUGAAAACCAUAUCAUUAGUAUUUCACAGAGUCGAUGCUGCUUUAGAUGUAGGGGUGGACUGUAUUUUAUCUAAAAGCUUACAAAAACCUCAAUUUAACCUUCAUUUUUGGUUAAGUCCAUGCUGUCUUCUCAUUAUUGAUGUAGCUACUACCAGAAAAGCAUCAUGUAUGUUUUCACAUAAAAAUGCCAGGUAUCAAGUUGCUCAAGUGUCCAUGGGAACGUGUUUUCACCAGGUGGCAUUUCUGUGCUGCCCUUUAUGAGAACGAAAGGAAAUGCUGGUUUGCAUUAAGGUUUCUGUCUCUUUCAUGAUUAUCUUGUGGGCUUAGGUACUCUUAACUGACCUGGGCAUUAGGAUGGUAAAUGUAAGGAGCAAAAAUACUGUGACUAUCAAAAGGAUAAGGGGAAACCAAAUUCUAAAUAUUCAAAAUAUUAUGUAUUGAGUCAUCUUAAACAAGCUAUGGCUUACAGGUUUUUUUCUGUACCUAUAGAGUAGGUUGUAAAGUUGUGCUCGAGGCCUUACUGCACUCCUCGUAAUCCAAUGUGACUAAAAUUUCAGUCAUGCACAACUUCUAUUUGGAGUCACAUUUUUCGUGGUACCAUGCAGCCCUUCAGUUCACAGUCACUAAGCCCCUUAGAGAUCCUACUUUACAAAAGAUGUACAAGUCUUUACCACAGAUUGUGUCGAUAGUGUACCAAUACCGUCCACCCACCAGUCUCAUGAAAAGCAUGCACUGUCACAAAUACUUAGAAAGAUACUAUCUCAAAAUGUUGACGUUAAAUGUACUGUUAGAUUCUUGUUUUGUUCAUUGUUUGUCUGCUUAGAAGUUAUCUCUGUGUGAACAGAAGCAUUGACUUUUUACAUGAACAUCCUAAAGUAUUUGUGCCUAAACUAUCGCCAUGUUCCAUCCUUUGUUGAGAGUGUCAGCUCAGUGCAUUCAAGGGUCAUUUCUGCACACAGCUGCACAUACUUUCUUACUAUACUCUGUGUUCUAUGUCUCAAUGUUUUUAUACAAGAAAGGAGUUAGUAACGAGUAUGGCCAAUUGUACGAGUUAAUCCGAUUGGUAUCUUAUGAUGGGAACUUCCGUGGGAAGUUUUCACUCAGUCAGGUUAUAAAAUGUCAUAAGGUCAUGUAGUUUCAAUAAAAAAAGUGCAAUCUUUA